GCGGAACACAGUGGAAUAUGGCGGCCUAGUACAGAUGCGAAGUACUGAAAUCUCCUUCACAUUUUUAAUGCUAAUCGGAAGCCAUCACUGCGUUUCUAACAGGAAGCUGAGUUGUCGGUCGCCUGCCUCCAGGUACUUUUGUGCGAGGAGGUACUGAACCUGCAGGUGGUCACCAUGGGGAGAACAUCAACUAAAGAUCAAAAAGAUAUUAAAAAGGAAAAGACAGGAAAGAGUUAUUCUUCAACAAGUCCCUCCCAGAACAAAGAAAGCUUCAGCUGGGAUGAAUACCUGAAGGAGACGGAAGCUACCCCAUCUCCCUCGCAUUGUUUUAAACAGUCUAGAAACCCACCUAGCAACGAUUUCAAAAUUGGUAUGAAGCUAGAAGCACAUGACCCCCGCAACUUCACCUCCGUGUGCAUUGCCACCGUCAUGGGCAUCACGGGCGCCCGGCUGAGACUGCGGCUCGACGGCAGCGACAACAAGAAUGACUUCUGGAGGCUGGUGGACUCCUCCGACAUCCAGCCCAUAGGGACCUGUGAGAAGAACGGAGACAUGCUGCAGCCACCGCUCGGUUUUCGAAUGAAUGCCUCCUCAUGGCCAAUGUUUCUGUUGAGGACAUUAAGUGGAGCAGAAAUGGCCCCUUCCACAGCUUUUAAAAAGGAACCUCCCAGGCCCCCGCAGAACAGUUUCAAGUCUGGGAUGAAGCUGGAAGCAGUGGACAGGAAGAACCCUUACUUGAUUUGUCCAGCUACUAUAGGCGACGUUAAAGGCGAUGAAAUAUUUAUCAUGUUCGACGGCUGGAGAGGGGCAUUUGACUACUGGUGCAAGUUCGACUCACGAGACAUCUUUCCAGUUGGGUGGUGUUUCUUGACCAAGCACAGCUUGCAGCCUCCUGGCACCAGUGUCACUAUUCCAAAGAGUGUCCCGACACCCAUUUCCACCUCUUCCAAACCCACCAGACGGUCCAUGCAGUCGCUGCAGAAAGCCGCCCCCCUGCCACCCCUGCCUGUCAGGAAGGGAGUCCGGGGGCGACGGCCCAAAAGCCAAACCAUCGCCUUACUGAAAGCAGCAGCAGCCGCAGCAGCAGCCGUCGCUACAGCAGUAGAACAGAAAAGCACAGCAGCCAAAACUACCUCCAACACAGACGCUCCAAAACCCAAAAAGAAGGGCCCAAAGCCUGGGAGCAAGAGGAAGCCUAGAGUAGUCCAGAGCUCAAUCUUAAUUGCGGCUCCUGCAGCAGCUUUGGAAGCUAAAUUCAACAGCACUCCGGUACCAAAGGAUGGGCCCAAUCACCUCAAUACAAACCCAGCUGUCGUAUCCACAGUGUGUGUUUAUGUGAACAAGCAUGGGAACUGCGGGCCACACCUGGACAGGAAGCAGGUCCAACAACUAUCAGAUCACUUCGGGCCUGGUCCAGUCAACAUAGUGCUGCAGCAGGCCGUGCAGGCCUGUGUGGACUGUGCCUACCAGCCCAAAAUUGUCUUUAACUUCCUCAAGACGGGACAGCACGGCGGUGAGGUCAUAACAGCUUCGUUUGACGGCGGGAAGCACCAGGUCCAGCUGCCCUCUGUGAACAGUGCGUCGUUUGUACUACGCUUCCUGGAGAUGUUGUGUCACAGCCUGCAGUGUGAGAACCUCUUCAGCAGUCAGCCCUUCAGUCCCUACCUGGGGGCCACACGCAGCCAUGCUGAGUUCGAGAGGAGCAAAUCAGUAAAAGAGGAGAUGUCAGAAGCCUUAACAAUAAACAGGGGGACAAAACGUUUCUCCAAAGACUCGCCGCCCUACACUGCUGCACUCUCGCCCAAGCUCCCAAGGACAGAGGCUCACCCUUCAGAAGCAGAGACGUUGCCGCAUGAUGAGAGUGGGCUGCUGAAGGAGCAUCGCUUUUCUGAAGAGUCCAUGGACUCCGCCUCCAACUCCAUGAAUCCUCGCUCUCCUGCCCUUAGAAACCCGGCAGAGUACAGGCCCCAGGGCAGCUCACCCUAUUACCGCAGCUCUCAUCUGCCUGUGGGUGCCGCCUCCAGCUCCGCCCCCACCCCGCCCCUCCGCAGGAUCUCCUCGAAUCCUGCGGGGGGUAGCACCAGCUAUCACGAGGUCAAUAUCAGCCGCAUGCAGAGGAGAGUAGAAGCUGCUAGUUCCACGACGGGUCCUGAUCUUCAGCUGACUGACAGAGAGACCCCCAGAGUGCCCAACAAGAACCCCUCGAUCUGGUCUAUAGAUGAAGUGAUGCAGUUUGUGAGAGACGCAGACCCCCAGGCCCUGGCUCCACACGCGGAGCUCUUCAAAAAACAUGAAAUCGAUGGGAAGGCUUUGAUGUUGCUGAGGAGUGAUAUGAUAAUGAAAUACAUGGGAUUGAAGUUGGGCCCGGCUCUCAAGCUCUGCUACCACAUCGAAAGGCUGAAACAAAGCAAGUACUAGCAGCUUAAUGCUGAGGUAUUUCCACAGAUGACUGCCCAUCCAGUUCUUCUAUACCAACAUAAAAA